GAAUGAGCUGGACAAGGCAGCCGACGCCGCGCACACCUUCUUUUUGGCCAACCCAGAACACAUGGAGAUCCAGCAAGACCUCGACGAUUAUAAGACAAUGGCAGGGAAGGUGGACUUGGUUGACCGGGAGGCUCGGCCCCACAUGGAGGACUAUCUCUCGGGAGUUCGAUACUACGAUAAAGAGGAAUAUCACUUGGCCAUUGACUUCCUAGAGCGGGCGCUGAAGGAAUACGGUGUGGCUGACGCCGAGUGCCGGGUCUUGUGUGAAGGACCCCAGAGGUUUGAGGAAUAUGAAUAUCUGGAUUAUAAGGCCACCCUCUACGAAGCCAUUGCAGAGCAUUACAUGCAGGUCCUGCUGUGUCAACACGAGUGCGUGCGGGAACUCGCCACGCGGCCUGGGCGACUCUCGCCCAUCGAGAACUUCCUGCCCCUGCAUUAUGACUUCUUGCAGUUUGCCUACUACAGAGUGGGCGACUACGUCCAAGCGCUGGAGUGCACCAAGACGUACCUCCUGUUCCACCCAGAGGACGAAGCUGUCUUGGAGAAUGAGGAUUAUUAUAAGAGCCUCUUAGAAGGAUUUGUGGACCUGCGGGCCAUCAAACCCAGAGAGGAAGCUGCGACGUUCCUGAGGCGACAUAAGUUGGAAGCAGACUUGCUAGAGGCCGCAGCUGCCAACCUGGGCUUCUUAUACACAGAGCCGAGCUAUUGGAGCAUCUCUGGGUCUCGGCAGGAUGGCCAGAGGGCUUCUUCCGGGCCGCAGGGCAACCAAGCGGAUGGCCCUGGGAGUACGCCUGCCCAGAAGGAUUUGGCCAAAGUGGGCCACCAGCUGCAGGAAGGAGGCCCCCUUCUCUUCAACGAAGUGCAGUUUGUCUACAAUUCCAAGCAGCUGAAUGGGACACAGCGGGUGCUACUGGACAACGUCAUCUCGCAGGGAGAGUGCCAGGAGCUGCAGCACGUUGCCAAUCACAUUCUCAUGGCUGGUGAUGGAUACAGGGGGAAAACCUCACCCCACACCCCCAAUGAGAGGUUUGAAGGAGCAACUGUCCUCAAAGCGCUAAAGUUUGGCUACGAGGGGAGGAUCCCUUUGAAAAGUGCCCGCCUCUUCUACGAUGUCAGCGAGAAAGCCCGGAAGAUAGUGGAGUCCUAUUUCAGACUCAAUUCCACCCUAUAUUUCUCUUACACACAUCUGGUGUGCCGGACGGCCCUCUCAGGUCAGCAGGAACGGAGGAAUGAUCUGAGCCAUCCAAUCCAUGCGGACAAUUGUCUCCUGGACCCAGAAGCCAACGAGUGUUGGAAAGAGCCCCCUGCUUAUACCUUCCGAGAUUACAGUGCUCUUCUGUACAUGAACGGCGAUUUUGAAGGUGGCGAAUUUAUUUUCACUGAAAUGGAUGCCAAGACGGUGACGGCCUCAAUCAAGCCCAAAUGCGGGCGGAUGAUCAGCUUUUCCUCUGGUGGAGAGAAUCCGCAUGGCGUAAAGGCCGUCACCAGAGGUCAACGAUGCGCAGUGGCUUUGUGGUUCACCCUCAACCCUCUUUACCGGGAACUUGAGCGAAUCCAAGCCGACGAAGUCAUUGCGGCUUUGGACCAGGAGUACUUCGGACCCAUCAAGGUGGGCAUCAACCCCAAGGACGAGCUAUGAACCAGGCGAAGGACUCUCUGUCAGAAUAUUUAUUUAAUAUUUGUUGUAAAUCUUAUGAGAACCUUUUUUAUUUUUGUACAGAGUCUUGGUAUAAUUUAAAGAAGGGGUGGCACAGGACGGGCAGAGGGGCCCCUCCAUGUUCACCUGCUCCAUCUCCUCCUGCGUGGGGGACGGUUCUCCCGUCCAGAGCCUUCAGAUGAGGUUCUCCAGGACUUUCUGGAUCCUCCUUCUAAGCUGCAGCCCAAGAAAGCCAUUUUCCUUUGCCAUGAGAAUCUGCCGGGCAGGUGGCCCGGUGGCCUCUUUUCCCAACUCCAAAGACCUGCUUGAGCUUUCCACGUGCCAGGCUGAGUCCCCACUGCUGAAAAACAUUCUAGGAAUUCUUGGAUGGCGUGGAUUUCCCGCUCCCGUGCUGGAGGGAAGACCCCAGCCUUUGGAGCAAACUCUGAUUCCCAAGCCUUGGAAACUGCUUUGCUCCGAUGUUGGCACACGGAGAGUCCCCAAAGAUGCUUGCCAGGGAGGGCAAAUGCAGCCUUCCCCCAGCUUCUCUAAAGACGGGGCGAAAUUUAAGCCACCCUGGAGCAGGCAGGAAGAUUUCCCCAUCACCACCAUCACCACCCCCAUCAAGGGAAAAAGAUUUUAAAAAUGAGUUUUGUGGGCUUCAAAGCUUUGUCUUUGGAGACUUCCAGGCUGAGCAAUUCAAUUAUUUUAUAAGUUGCCUGUAGUUUUGGCCCUGUUUAUGUCAGGGCUGGUGGAAAGCUGUUUCCCCAACUGGCCACUUGCCCACAAAUUGAACUGAUUUGAAGAAUUUGCAUCAGGACAAAAGAUCGGUCCUACCUCAAUCCACAAGGUAUUUCACUCUGGAUAGUCUCACCUGAAUGUUAGUCUCUGGGGCCAGGAGGGGGGGAGUCAAAGAUGGUGGUCACAGCAUGGCAAUCCAAGCCCUCCCCUUUUCUACAUGUAUGCGACAUACACACUAAAUACAUUAAUACAAAAUUAAUAUCAAAACGCAUUAAGCACCGCAUUGCUUUGAUCUGGAAUGAUUUUCUGCAGAAGCUUCAUGGAAAACAGGAAACGGGGGGGGAGAGGGGGAGUGGAUUAUCCUUCCAGGACCAACUGUCUGUGUUUUGCCCCCCCCCCCCCAUUUCUGUAUUCCUGAAGCCGCCUCCUUGAUUCUCUCUGCAGAACAGGCCCCUGGUGCAAAUAUGCUGGAAAUUCACAUUCUUGAUUUUUCCCAGCCUUUGAAAAUAGAGAAGCAUCUGAACGGGAUUUGGGUCUACGAGGAGACAAUACCUCCAGGUGGAAUACCAGGUGCAUUGCAUAGAAAGGGUGCAGAGGGGGUUGGAUGUUAGCCACAGAACUGUGUCUCAGCCCAGGAGGAAUAAACUAAACUCAGAAAACAAAA